CCCCUCCUCUUCUCUCAUCUAUAUACAUACACAAAAAUACCUCCGUGUAAUGAUUUAUAAUUAGUCAAUCUCUCGUGUUGCUGAAGAUUCAUUGUGCGUAAAACAGUUAAGCACGCCUGAUCGGUCCAAUCAAUACUGAGCAUUCAUUAUUACGUUAUAAGAGCAAGCGGGAGAGCGAGGAGCGGGAGACGUGAGAUCUUGGACGCACGAGAUCGUAACGGCUUUCGAAUCGCGAGCGAGUAUGAUUUUAUAUAACAUUGCGUUUCGUGCCAAAAGCACGCAACGGGGCGGAGUGCAUCCUCGUGUUCCUACUCUCGAUUUCCGCUUUCUCGUCUUAGCCUGCGAUACAUCGGAUCAGACGAAUAUGACCGCAACAUGCGCACUUAAUUAUUACGCGAAUUAGCGUCAACUAAUUAAUUACUCAAUUGUUGUUAAUGAAGAAAGCCGCUUCUAAACGUUCGCACAGAAUCCACAAGCACUCUUGCAGAUGUACCGAUACAUUCGAAGCUGUACGCGAAGCGUUCUCUCUCUGCAUUAUAAAAUCACUAUUAUCUUCCGUUACGUAGCCGUUUUGUUUCAGAGAUCGCAGAACCUGUCCUGCGAUCCCGUUAUGUGAUUUAAUUGCCGAUCAGAGCACGUGCCAGGAUACGUACGCCUCGAGUUACGAUAUAACAGGUUUAAUCUAGUAAUGAUAUCGCCAUCGCAGUUUCCGUAUAUCGACAAUUCGUAACGUAAUCAGAAUUUUGUUACGUGCGCGUAGAAAAAUCGUUGCGCAAGCAGUUGCAUUAGCUGCUGCGGACGUAACUGUCAUCUUUUCGCGCUGGUUGUGACAUUGCGUGCCACAAUAAUAAUAUAUUUUUAUUAAUUCAGAAAAACGUAAACUGUUAGCAUAAUACUCCAGAAUUUCACAUGCAUGUAUCAAAUAAACAAACAUACACGCCUCGUCCCAUGUGAAAAGAUAUAAUUAUUUUAAACAAAUGUUCAUCAUUAUAUCUCAUCUGCCAACAAUGCCUCUUGUGAUGCACCCAACGUCGCUAUUAGAUAAUCUCCUCUCCCAGGCGCCGUACAUUCACUUAGCGUCUCUUCCUUUACGAUUAGCAACAAUUAACACGACAAUGGGCAUUCGCACGUCACGUUUUGCCAGCUUUAGCCUACGAAUUAAUGGUACGCUCCCACUCGUCCCGGAAGGAAACUCUAUCAUCACCCACCUACCCGUGCGAUCCUCGUGCAGCGUGGUUGGUGUAUUGGCAUGUGCGCGUGUGUGCAAGAAAUAGCGAUUCCUGCUGUUCGGUUAUCGCCAGGCCGUAGGCUAGGAUAGGUGCGCGCGUAGGUAUCCACAAGCGGAGAAUACUUUCACUGCCAAAGUACGCCUGUGGAAGCCUUCGGGAAGGAUAAGACGGCUAGGCACAAGUGGGAACGACGACAACGACGGUGAGAGUGAAAUGGAUGGAGGCAUACCGGUGCAGUACCGUAUCGCUCUUCCGACUGUCAUUACCGGCCAUUGCGGUCACUCGGGCUGCCUGUCGCGUUUCCGGAUAAGUUUCAGUAAACGGAAUCCCCGAAAGCGAGGUUUCGGCAACGACAAAACCAAUUUCGGGACGCAGCCGCGCUCUCGCGCGACCGCGGCUGAUCGCAUCUCUUCCGCGUUGGGAGCGACGCGGCCGAAGUCCUUGGGCCAGCGUCUCACUGGCCGGUUGUCGAAGGACCGCAGCUUCUUCUUGGAACAGUUAUCCCGUAAUUGCACCUUCUUAUCGAGCAGUGAGCGAGUGUCAGUGCAACGUUAAGCAGAUUGCCGAAGCCGAAGGACACUGUAAGGAAUGGCAUGGAAAUGAUGCACCGAAACCGAUAACAACGUCAUGAAGCAUCGAAAAAGUGACGCACCCAUCGACGUUCGAAGGGAUGAAAAAAUCGGCACACGACCACCUGACGUUCCGUUAUGAUAGCCACAAAAGUCACGAGGACGGGGUACUGUUAGAAAAGCAAGAGUCCAGUCGCUCUCACCAGGAUGGUUUUCAGUACGAUAGUGGUGACAUCUGCGUUGAAAGGCGCUAUCGGUUUGAUGGGCACAGGCUUAUGGCUGGUGCCACUGCUAAUCGCUGGGCUUUCUUACUAUCGUUAUGAUCAACUAGAUCCCGAGAGUCGAUCCAUUGACAGGCAUUCCUUGUAUCCGGAAUACGACUUUAUCGUCAUCGGCGGCGGUUCAGCGGGAGCGGUAGUCGCCAGUCGAUUGUCGGAGAUAACGGAGUGGAACGUGUUGUUACUGGAGGCUGGCCCAGACGAGAACGAGAUCACGGACGUGCCAUCUCUGGCCGCGUAUCUGCAGUUGUCGAAAUUGGACUGGAAGUACAAGACCGAACCCACGGGCAAGGCUUGUCUGGCAAUGAAAGGCGGUCGCUGCAACUGGCCGCGCGGUAAAGUCUUGGGAGGUAGCAGCACACUAAACUACAUGCUGUAUGUACGAGGUAACAAGCACGACUAUGAUCAUUGGGAAUCACUGGGUAACACUGGCUGGGGAUACGAACAGGCCCUCUACUACUUCAAAAAAUCGGAAGAUAAUCGGAAUCCGUAUCUACAAAGAAGUUCUUACCACGCGACUGGCGGUUACCUGACGGUUCAAGAGUCGCCUUGGAAGACGCCUUUAGUGGUUGCUUUUGUCCAAGCCGGAGUCGAAAUGGGGUACGAGAACAGGGACAUAAAUGGCGAACAGCAAACAGGCUUCAUGAUAUCGCAGGGAACUAUUCGCAGGGGCAGCAGAUGCUCCACUGCGAAGGCCUUUCUACGACCUGUACGACUGCGUAGAAACAUCCAUACUGCUAUGAACAGUUACGUGGCCAAAAUCGUGAUUGAUCCGUUGACAAUGAGAGCUACUGGGGUCGAGUUCAUUAGAAACGGUCGUAGACAAAUAGUCAGAGCACGGAAAGAGGUAAUAUUAUCAGCAGGUGCCAUUAACAGUCCUCAGAUACUAAUGCUAUCGGGAAUUGGACCGAAAGAGCAUUUACGACACGUUGGCAUUUCUGUAAUUAAAGACCUCCGGGUUGGAGACAACCUUCAAGAUCAUGUCGGAAUGGGCGGUUUAACAUUCCUGAUUGAUAAACCGGUUGCUAUAGUUCAAGACCGUUUCCAAGCAGCUCCGAUGACGAUGCAUUACGUGGUCAAUGGUAGAGGUCCUAUGACAACGCUGGGUGGCGUUGAGGGUUAUGCAUUUAUUAACACAAGAUACGCUAAUCACUCCAUUGAUUAUCCAGAUGUGCAGUUACACAUGGCGCCAGCCUCAAUAAAUUCUGAUGCAGGAGUACAAGUGCGAAAAGUCUUGGGACUAACGGAUGAAGUGUACAAUACUGUUUAUAGGCCAAUUAGCAAUAGAGAUGCCUGGACUAUUAUGCCUUUGUUAUUAAGACCUAGAUCUCGUGGUACGGUGCGAUUAAGAAGUUCUAAUCCCUUUCACAAACCUGUUAUCAACGCAAGUUAUUUUUCUGAUCCUAUGGAUAUCGCUAUUUUGAUAGAAGGUGCGAAACUUGCGAUCCAAAUUAGCGACGCAAAGGUUUUCAAGCAAUUUGGCUCGAGGCUUCAUCGCGUCAAGCUGCCAGGAUGCAAACAUCUUAAGUUUGAUUCUGACGCUUACUGGGAAUGUCACAUUCGGCAUAUUACUAUGACAAUCUAUCACCCCGUAGGCACUGCCAAAAUGGGACCACCAUCUGAUCCUACUGCUGUGGUGGAUCCAAGAUUGAAAGUCUACGGUAUCGCAGGUCUGCGAGUCAUCGACGCUUCCAUCAUGCCGACCAUAUGCAGCGGAAAUACAAAUGCUCCUGUAAUUAUGAUCGGCGAAAGAGGCGCGGAUCUUAUCAAAGAAGAUUGGUUAGCUACGAUUGCCAAUAAGUAAUUAAUCUUUUCAGUAUGGUCAAUUAUAAAGUCAAUAGCCGAA